AUGCCAACAACGCGAUCAAAGGGUAAAGCCCCGGAAGCAUGGAUCGUGGACGUAGCUGCGGUCCGACAUGAAGAGCCGCCCCGUUCACCAUCGAUAGCCACACGAAGCACCUACCUACCGCGGCCGCCGACACCACCGCGCCCCGCGUCGCGACACUCAUCUCCGCUGCGACACUCGCCCCCGCCGCGACACGCGUCUCCGCUGCGACACUCGCCCCCGCCGCGACACGCGUCUCCGCCGCGACUCGCGUCCCCGCCGCGUCGCGCGUCUCCGCCGCGACACUCCACGACAUCGCGACCCGCGAAUUCUCCGCGCCGUGUAAACCUGCCGCGCAGCGCGACCUCGCCGCGCCCCGCGACUCUGACACGCCCCGCGAAUUCACCGCAUCGCACGACUCCACCGCGUGCAACAGGGAGACCAGCUUCCAUAUCUACACCUACCGCCUAUAGAGAUAUGAGGAGAGAGUCGACACCGAACAGAGACUAUGGACUACCACGGAUCGAAAAUAGAACAAGAACAAUAAGGCCAGCCGCGUUCUCAACACGCACGCUUGCGCACAGUGUAGAAGAACAACCGAUUCACAAAAGCAGACCUGCGUCAGUAAAGAACAAUAGAAAAGCCAUAAAAGCACGCGAAGAUGUAUUGCGACUCAAACUACAGUUAGCCGAAUUAGAGCUACAAAAGGCCGAAGAUUACAUAGACUCCGACUACGAGGACGACGCUCGAUCGAAAGCAGACUAUGUGCGCUCAUGGGUGGAGGACGCACCUAGACCGGUGCCGCGAAAUACGGACACCAACAAGCAACCGGAGGACAGGCCGACCGAGGACAAUCAUGACAAGGAGACACGAUACGGAGACAGAAGCCCUUCCAUCAAGAUCGAGCGAGACGACGACCCACUAAGAUCGUUCGUCUCACAACUUACGAAGGCAAUCACAACACUCGCCGAUAGAAAAUCAGAUACACCGAGCAGCCAGCCUCACCCAGCGGUAUCUAAGGUGAUCAUGGCGCUACCCACAUUCAGCGGCGCGCACACAGAGUGGUUGUCCUUCAAGGCUAUGUACGACACUACGAAAACGUACUUCAACAAUGUGGAAAAUACAGCUAGGCUGAGAAGAAGCCUAAAGGGACGUGCACUUGAAGCAGUGAAUUCCGAACUCAUCGGGGAAUCUAAUCCGGCCGAGAUAAUGAAGGAACUGGAAUUACAGUUCGGCCGACCUGACUCCAUUGCGCAAGCGGAAAUCGAUAAAAUAAAGAGUCUUCCACGCUGCACCGAGGCCCCAAGAGACAUUUGCACAUUCGCUAACAAAGUGAGGAGUGCCGUCAUCACGUUGAGCGCCCUCAGGAAGGAUCACUACUUGAUCAACGCGGAGGUACUGAGAGGACUCACUGAGAAGCUGCCAAACUCCCUGCGCUCCCAGUGGUAUCGUGCAUACACAGAACAGUUUCAAUCGACGCCGGACCUAAAGUGUUUCAGUGAAUUCAUCAGUGAACAAGCGCGUUAUUGUAGUGCGUUCGCGCCCGCUGAAAAUGUGAACGCGAGUGAUAGUGCGCGCAGAACCGUUCAGAGGACGCUAAUCGUGAGUAAAGACAGUGACAACACGACCAAAGUGCGUAACUGUAAAAUAUGUACGCGCGACGGACACUUUACCUCUCAGUGCGACACAUUUAUACAGGCUGACUCCAACAAGCGCUGGGAGCUAGCUAAGAGACAUGCAUUGUGUUUUCGGUGCUUAAAAGUGAGGUCACGCGGCCAUUCGUGUAAAUCCAAACAGUGCGGUGUGGACGGAUGCUCACGUACACAUCACCAAAGCUUACAUUUCAAACAGAAAGGUGACUCAACUAGUGUCAAGGACCCAACGGAAACAGUGGCUAGUUCAAGUGCUCGUACGAAGGCACAAGCCUUCCUGAAGAUAGUGCCAGUGUGUGUCUCAGGACCGGCGGGAGAGGUACGUACAUACGCCCUUCUCGACGAUGGAUCCACCGUCUCACUAGUGGACGAGGAGCUAGUAACGCAAGUAGGUGCACCAGGGAAACCUGACCCUCUCAAUAUUAAAGCUAUAGGAGACACAUCGAUAGAUCUACCACAGUCAUACAGAAUAAAAAUGAAACUUCGAGGUCAAAGUCCAGAGACAAGGACGUUCGACAUUAGCGCACGAACGGUGCCUAAUUUGAAAUUAACGCCACAACGAGUAUCACCCAGGGAUUUCAGAGAUUGCAAACACCUGAAGGAUCUAUCCGCGAGCCUUUCGUACAAAACAGCGGUCCCGAGAGUGUUAAUAGGGCAGGACAACUGGCACCUCCUUAUCGCCAGCGAGACCAGACGAGGGCCGAGUUACCAACCAGUGGCAUCGCUCACUCCACUGGGAUGGGUUCUGCACGGAGCACGCUCGCGAGCUCUAGGACAACGUGUACAUUUCAUGUACCAACUAUGCAAUAACGAUGAUAGUAUCGACCGUCGCCUGAAAGAAUAUUUCGCCCUAGAAUCGAUAAUAGUGAACCCUCGCCGACCGAAAAGUGACCCUGAAAAGCAGGCAGAAGAGAUUCUGCACAACAGCGUGUGCAGACUUGAGGACGGACGUGUACAGACCGGACUGUUAUGGAAAAAUAACACUGUUAGCAUGCCAGACAGCUAUGAAAACGCUGUAAAACGUCUCCUAGCCGUCGAAAGAAAAAUCGACAAACACCCAGGGCUGAAAGCCAACUACAACCAGCAAUUAGAGGACCUCGUACGCAAAGGUUACGCGGAAGAGGCGCCUGUGGAAAAAACGCCGGGUAAAACGUGGUACUUGCCCCAUUUCGAUGUACACAACCCCGCGAAGCCGAACAAGUUAAGAAUCGUUCACGACGCUGCCGCAAAAUCCAAAGGCAUGUCGUUGAACGACUACCUGCUCACCGGACCGGACCUACUACAGUCGCUGCCAGGCGUUAUGAUGCGAUUCAGACGCCACCCGAUAGCCGUAACAGCAGACAUCGCCGAGAUGUUCAUGCAGGUGCGUGUACAGCCGUGUGACAGAGAUGCACUUAGAUACCUAUGGCGAGGAGAUGUCAGAGAAGGAGCACCUAGAGAGUAUCGCAUGUGCUCAAUCAUCUUCGGCGCAGCGAGCUCCCCGUGUACGGCAAUAUUUGCGAAGAACUGGAACGCAGAACAAUACACAAAAGAAUACCCGCGUGCUGUCAAAGCGAUCGUUAAAAACCACUACAUGGACGAUUAUUUAGAUAGCUUUGAGACAGAAGAGGAAGCGGUGUCAGUGGCCACACAAGUGAAAGAAAUCCACCAGAAAGCAUGUUUUGUACUGCGGAAAUGGAUGUCUACCCACACGAACAUAGCGAGGGCACUCGAACCAGAAGCGGUACUCAGUACUAAUGAUACCACUGUCAAACUAAUAAAUAGCGAGGAGAAGAUACUCGGUUUAAUGUGGGACCCCCAACGAGAUACAUUCGCCUUCAACAUGAAGCUCUUGAAACUGCCUAGCAAUAUAUUACAUAAACAACAACACACCAAGAGAGAAGCGCUGAAAAUUGUGAUGUCCCUAUAUGACCCUCUGGGAUUAGCCUCUCCCGUCACCAUUAAGGCUAAACAGAUCCUCCAAGAGGCCUGGAGGCAGGGUACGGGAUGGGACGAGACCCUACCUGAAAGUCUAGCAAAGCAGUGGACAGCGUGGCUCCAACAGUUACAUCGUUUAAAUAACAUUAAAAUACCGAGGUGUUAUGCAGGCUACAGCGCAGCGGCCAAUGUCCAAUUACACGUAUUCACAGACGCCAGCGAGUUGGCGUACGCCGCAGUAGCCUACUGGCGGACAGAAUCAGAGGAAGGACACGUGAAUGUCUCUUUGGUAAUGGCGAAAGCGAGAGUGGCACCGCUGAAAAUAACUUCGAUCCCGAGGCUAGAACUCCAAGCCGCGGUGCUGGGUACACGAAUAGCCGCCGCAGUCAAAGAAGAACACGAGAUAGAUCCGCCGACAAUAUACUGGACGGACAGCAAAACAGUCUUGACAUGGAUAAAGCGUGGAUCCAGGUCAUACAAACCAUUCGUCGCGCACAGACUAGCCGAAAUUGAGGAGAGCAGCAAGGUAAACAAUUGGAGAUGGGUACCAUCGAAAAUCAACAUCGCGGAUGCGGCCACCCGCGACGUACCAUCAAACUUUGAGUCGGCUCACGCAUGGUAUACAGGGCCCAUAUUUCUACGCCUAAGUGAAAAACAGUGGCCAUCACAGGGAGACGUAGGUGAUACACAGACGGGCGAAGAGCGCGUAAAUAUAGUUAGGCUGGAACAGCAACUAAAGGUCAGCGAGGCUAUUCCAGACGCCACCAGAUUUUCUAAAUGGGAGCGAUUAGUGAGAACAACAGCAAGAGUGUUACAAUUUAUACAGUUGUGCAAGAAGCACAAGGAGCACGUGCUGUACAAAAGAACUAGAAAAAACCUACAGAGCGACCCAGAUUGGCGUCGAAACAACAACAAAAUAAAACAUAGGGCAGGCACUACGCCCCAAACAAAGAAGAAGCGAGACGAAACGACAAAGCACAAACAAAUUUCGGCGGAAUUGCUCAGGUCAGCAGAAAGACUGCUCGUAAAAGCAACACAGGAGCAGACCUUUCACAGAGAGAUUGCAGCGCUCACAGGGAAUAUAGAAAUCAAUUUCGACAGCAAGCUUCGACAGAUACCAAUAGAACUUACAGACGGCAUCAUCACGAUAAAAAGUCGCAUAUCGGCCGCCGAAGGCGUCGGCGAAUACGUCAAGAGGCCGCCAGUUAUAGAUGGCGACAACAAAAUAACACAACUUUAUAUAGAAUGGACGCACAGGAGACUGCACCACAGCGGCACAGAAACAACAAUAAAUGAGAUACGACAACACUACUGGGUGCUACGUCUGAGGCCAGUAACAAAGAAAAUCAUAUUCCAAUGCUUAAUGUGUCGCAUUCGCAGAGCUGCGCCACCACAGCCAGCCACCGGGAAUCAUCCGAAAUCCCGACUCGCUCACCAUCAAAGGCCAUUCACUUAUACCGGGCUCGACUACUUCGGACCGCUCUCAGUGACAGUGGGGCGACAACACCAUAAAAGGUAUGUGGCGCUCUUCACCUGUCUUACGUCUAGAGCCGUACACUUAGAGGUCGCCGCAUCGCUGAGUGCGGACUCGUGCAUUAUGGCACUGAGACGAUUCGCAGCACGACGAGGGUGUCCCGCUGAAAUAUACUCGGACAACGGCACCAACAUGCACGGCGCCGACAAAGAAAUGCGAGAAGCUGUCGCUGACGAAGCAAACAGCAAAGGAAUAGUGUGGAGGUUCAUAACACCCUCUGCGCCAUUCAUGGGGGGUGCAUGGGAACGCCUAGUUCGGUGCGUGAAAACCGCACUAUACACCGUGCUAAAUGAAAGGCACCCAUCGGAAGAGGUGCUAACCACUCUUCUAUGUGAGGUGGAAUACACCGUAAACAGCCGACCUCUCACACACGUGUCGGUGGACUUAGAAGAAGAAGAAUCGAUCACUCCCAACCAUAUACUCCUCGGAGGGUCCGCUAGACUCCCUCCGAUUGGCUAUUUCACCGACGCCGACAGCAACAGCAGCAAAUAUUGGCGGCGCGCUCAAACGCUCGCCGACAUGUUCUGGCGACGCUGGGUACGGGAAUACCUACCCGAACUACAACACCGGCGGGAGCCACAUGGAACCGGGCUCAAAUACGAAGUCGGCGACCCCGUACUUAUCGCCGACGGACAGCUGCCUAGAAACUCCUGGCCACGCGGCAGAAUCACUGCCACGUACCCGGGGCCUGACGGACAGGUGCGGACAGUGGAGGUGCGCACAGCGGCGGGCAUCCUCAAGCGACCGGUAAAGAAACUGGUCCCUCUGCCCAAAUAA